CGUGGGGCUGCAAUCACCUGAUAGCAAGUAGGACUAAUAAAUGAAAUGGAGGCAUUGGUUACCCAUGGCCCGGUGCCUUUUUGCUUACAAUUUUGCUCAGCUGAACAAAGCUGUUUUCAUACAUGAAGUCCAGAGAAUCAGGCGGGGCGUCAUCUGUAGUUUAACUGCAGCACUGAGCAGGAAAUUAUUUGCCUCGCUUUUCUAGAAACUCGCAGUUUAGUGAAGCAGACCGGACACCUGACCUCCAUUCACUCGCUGUGAAUUCACUGGACAAUUGUCUGCUCUUCUCUCACAUGCACCCCAUCACACAUCAUGUGGACUCUAUACUGCACAGACUGCAUCAAGCACCUCCAUCAGUUAACCUCUUCUUCAACCACCUGGUCGUUGCUUUUGGUUAGCGGUAGGGUUGAAGUUUGUAACAUCUGUAUGCUUGUGCAGCUUAACCCUAAUCCUACUGCUAAAUAACUCUGCGGUGACCUUGGUGGUUUUUAACAGUGCCCUCUCUGUAAAUUCUUGGUUAAAACCGUCGAACAUCAACUAGAACAGUUAACAAAAUGUUUAAAAAAAACAGCUGUUAUGACUUCAUGUCUGAAACAUCUGAGUACUGUGUUAAAGAGGGAUCAGCUGGGGUCGUACUUUUGUGUAGUGUGAAUUUGUACCAUGAGCCGAUGCAGCGACUAAACCAGGCAAAUCAUUAUGAGGCAGUGGCAGCCUUGAAAGUGCAAAGCCUCUUGAGGAAAAUGUGAAAUAUCGAAAGUUAGAAGAAGAGCAGCUCACGUCUGAAAGCAUAGUGAGACAGUGCCCCCUGGAGGUUGGUUACAAUUUGCACAUGGGUAUAACAAAAAGUACCCAGAAGAGGUACUGAUCUUGGCAUGUCCUUGGUUAAUAGAGUAGACAUUUGAAUGUUGCCGCUCUUUCUAAAUGGUGCCGGCAGUAUUAAUCAUUUAAACUAACGUUAUCUUUUAUUCAUUUAAUGCCAGUUAGCUGUUGGGUCUCACACGGCACUGUAUUUCAGCUCUCGAUGUCUCUCUAUGACUGAAAGAUGGAUGGCAGCCCCGCUAAUCAGCACAGUGCUGUACGACUUUGUACUACAGGAACGGUUAUAUGUUGUGUCAGAUCAAACUCUGUUUCACUGGGGCAAUGCAUAAGCACAUUCUGCACAGGCAUGGUUUCACAGGUUUCACAGCCACCUCUGGAUGAAUCUGGGCUUUUAUUUUGAAGGUACAUUUAUUGACUCACCUGUCAAAUCCGUUUUUAAAAAAAUGCUACAAAAAGCUUUACAAGCUCGGUGUUUGCUCAAGGGUUCAAGCCAGAGUCUGUUUUCUGCUACCAGACAGCUCUGAGUUGAUUCAAAAUGCAAACAGUAACUCUAGAUAUAACUCACAAGUAUGCUAAACUACAGAUUUGCUACAGUAAUGAGUAAACACAUGUGGCUGCAGGUGUACAGCUGUUGAUUGGCUCUUUGGACCUCUGGCUUUGCAAAAUCCUCCCACUAAUUUUUGUUAAGGAACUUUUGACUUAUCCUUAUGCAGCAAGUCUGCAAAAAAAAACUGAGCAGAGUUUUACACGGUGUACGGUGUCACACAUUUCAGUGGCAUUUAAAUAAUUUGUUAAUUGGUUCAAAUGGCUCUUUAAUACAAAUACAACAUUUGUAAGAUUAAUGUUUAUAUUCAUCCAUCAGAUUAGUUGACUAGUUGUCUUCUAUUCUCGAGUUUAAUCAACUAGGAAAUCAGUUGCAAGCUGCAGUGCAUGUAUGAAAACGGCUCCAGUGUGACACAGAAAUAACUUAAUAAAAUGUACUGGAAGAGCUGGUAGGGUUACCUGUGAUUGAAGAGGUAUUAAAGUUUUGGUGAAAUCCUGGACCAGCAACUAUGUUAAAACCAACUAAUGUUAACUAAUCUGGGCAUCAACAAAUAACUUGACUAAAGGUUUAUGCCAGCCUAAUAUAAUGUAAGACAGACACUGAUGUAGAUAAUUGUCCUUGUGUUUGCUGAUAUCAGCUGAUACUGAUCUGUGCAUUCGUCCUUAUGAUGUGGGGAAAGUGGGUGUGAAAAACAGCUAUAACACUGGCACCUCUCACCCUUUAGAUGUUAGAGUUAAGGGACUGAUUAAGCGUGAUUUAAUAGCUGUCAAUACGAUAUCAGCUUUUUUAUCAGUAGAGGUUAGCAGUAUUGUUGUGGCAUUUAUGUUUUGUAUUAUUAUUUUGUUUCUAUAACCUCAGCUGUUUAAAAAUCUGGUGAAACAUGAAAGUUACUUGUAUGAAACCUAAAAUUUGAGAUAUUAAGGUAGAUUACAUCUUCAAAUGUUCUGAAGGUAAUGUAGGAGUUUGCCAGUUGAAAUUUAAGUGAAAAUUUGGGCAUUUUAAUUGAUUUUUUUUUUUUUUAAGAAUUCUUAAAGUAGUAAUUUAUGUUUUGUGAAUUCCCAAAAAUCCCAGUGAAAGGUGUAAUCAUUUUUAAAAUAGAAGUCGAAGUGUAAAGUGACUUUCUAAUAACUUUAUAUUUCAGUUCUCUGAGAUAUGUCUAUUUUUCUUGCUCGAAAUUGCAAUUAAAUAACAUUUGCAGUCAAAGCGCUUUGUAUGAGUUUUAUUUUGAAAGUUCUACAGUUGCACUACUUCCAUUUCCUGAAUGAAUGGGGCUAACACAGAGGCAAGUUCUCUGCGCUUGUAGCGAACAGUUUUUAUCCGCAGAGGGAAAAUGUCAGAAAACUUGGUGUUUUAUUCAGAAACAAAGUGUAUCAUGGAGACUGUUAUCCGGGUCGCUGUCGAUGUUAUUGGAAAUUCCAAAGUAGAAAACGACGCAGAGGAACAGACUAUGAACCGUAAGCUGGAUUUUGACAGCACUCUGGAGAUGUUAGCAUGUGAGGCAACAAGAAAGAUCAGCACCGUUUUCUCCCAGGUGUCUUUGCUGCUGCUCGCUGAAAACAGGACUCUGAAGGCCAAAGUGGGACAGCUGGAGAGUGAGCUAAAGACCGUGACUGAAAGCUUUGAAAAUGCCAGAGUGUGGAGAGAGAACGUCCUGAAUGGCUGCCCAGUCCUGUUUAAGCAGAGUGGGCAGGUCUUUACCCUGAAGCCACUGGGGAAGUUAAACAUAAGGACAGAUAAAGUAGCAGAGGGAGGCAGUGGUUCUUCACCAGCUCCUGCUGGAAUUCAAAGAGUCGGUCAUAUAUGUCCUCCUGCUUCUGCAGCUCCUCCAGGGGUGCAGGGUUUCACAGGACCACCACCUCCUGCUGCUGCUGCACGAGUGCAAAGAGUCAACCAGACAUCUGAUGCUGCUGUGCAGAGCGUCUCCACAUCAUCUCCUGCUGCUGAAGUGGAUGGUGGACACGAUGCUGAUUCUUCAGGUUCAGAAGGUGGAGAGGCGAUGGAGGAGCUGAUGGAAGCAGUUUCUUUACCAGACAAUGGACCGGACGCCACAGCAGAUUGUACCUCCGCGGACUCAGCGGAGCCCGAAUACACCGAGAGCCAAAAGCGUCUGGAAGCAGAGGUUUUGAAGAAAGGCAGAGUGUUUGUGUGUGACAUCUGUAACAAGACUUUUAACCGACUCUUCCACCUGAUGAAGCACAUGAACAUCCACAAAGAGCAGCGGCCUUUUACCUGCGACCAGUGCCCGAGAAAGUUCAGGAACGCAGCGACUUUUGAGUACCACCUGCUGCGACACGAAGAGAAGAAGUAUGCCAGCUACGAGUGCGAGCUCUGCCAGAAGAAGUUCAAAACAAAAAUGGGGCUGAAGACGCAUCAGGUGGUGCACACGGAUGAAAGGCCGUUCGCCUGCUCCACCUGCGGGAAGGGCUUCAAGACCAAAUACAGCCUAAAGUCCCACCAGCUCGUGCACACGGCUGAGAAGCCGCACAAAUGCUCCGAGUGUGGAGAGAGCUUCAAAUACGCCUUCACCCUUCAGUGUCACAGAAGCAUCCACACUGGAGAGCACCCGUACAAAUGCACGGUGUGCGGCAAGGUUUUUAUAAAGAGACGAUCGCUCAGGACGCACCAGGCGGUCCACAGAGGGAAGAUGUUUACCUGUGAGACGUGCGGUGCUGGCUUCACCCUGCCUCAGAACCUGAAGAGACACAUGCACAUCCACACGGGCGAGAGGCCUUUCAAAUGUAAGGUGUGCGGGAAGGGUUUCAUUCAGGCCAACAAGCUGAAAGCACACAUGCUCCUUCACGGCGCUUCAAAGCCGUACAUGUGCGACCUGUGUGGGAAGACGUUUCUGUACAACUGCCACCUGAGGAGACACCAGAGCGUAACUCAUGACGAGAAGCACGGGCAGGUCAUGAGGAGACGGGAGCGGGAGCGGGGCAGGCGCAGAGUAAUCUACCGGCAGGAUAGGACGAUAGUGGACGUGACGCCGUUCAGCUGUGGCACCUGUCACAAGGGCUUCGACACUGCGUGUUCCCUGAAGAAACACGAGCUCAUUCACACGGGUCACAUGCAGUACCGCUGCGACCCGUGCGGGAAGUCCUUCUUCUACAAAGCCACCUAUGACUACCACCAGCGGGUCCACUCGGGAGAGAAGCCCUUCGGGUGUGACGUGUGCGGGAAGAGGUUCAUCAUCCGUCAGGCGCUCAAGAUCCAUAAGCUGCAGCACUCUGGAGAAAAGCCGCACAAAUGCGAGCAAUGCGGCAAGGCCUUCCGCAUGUACACGAACUACCAGAGACAUCAGCUGAUCCACACCGGAGAGAAGCCGUAUGAGUGCGAGGUCUGCGGCGUGAGGUUCAGGCAGCUCGGGCACGUCAAGUUUCACAUGCAGACCCACACGGGGGAAAGACCGUACUCCUGCAGCAGCUGUGGACUUGGAUUCUCAGACUCAAGGCUCCUGAAGAAACACAACUGCAGCGAGAAAUUCCAGAAAAUUUUGGGGGACGCACUCACAGCGUCCUGAUGGUGACGACUCGAGCAAACCAGUCAUUGUCCACAGAGCCAGAUGAGUGAUGCAUUCUGGGAGCGUUGCUCAAGGCUGGGCCAUUAUUCAGAUUUGUAUUUUCUUCCAUUUUGCCUUCCAGUGAUUGUGAUAUAGUUGGCAGUCUUUUAGUGAUCUCUCAGCACGACUUAAAAUAUGAAAAUUUUGUAUUUAUACAUAAAUUUUGUAUUUAUACAUUAUAUAUUUAUAUUUUCACCAAGUUUAAAGUCUCAGUUUUCCUACAGUAUUGAAUAAAAUGGUCAAGACAACAAAAAUCUCUCAAUUGACAUUUUUUUUUUAAUUUUGAAAUUAAAAACAGUCUGAUCAGAAGCACAGUCCACCGCCUCUUACCCGUGUUUGCUUAAUAUAGCUUGAUAACAUGGAAUUAUAUAAAUGUUUACAACUCUGUUAACUUCAGAUUGUGAAUACCCUGACUGUUAAAGGCUCAUUUUAACGUUUUAACGUCUCUGCUGAUCGUGGAAUUGUAAGUGUUGUAGUUACUCCCUUUGACCACUGGAGGGAGGUUCAAAGUAAACUCGAUGCUAUACCGUUUCCGUUAGGGCUUUUCGCAAUAAAAUCAAACAUGGUAUGGUAUACGGUAUAUUGAACAAAUCGGAUGGAUACAUUUUUGUUACUAUUUUUUUUAUCCAAAUAACACAAUUCAAAUAAACAAAAUUAGUGUGGCACGUUUCUUGCAAGUUAAUACAGUUAAAGCUGAUAAGAUAAGACAAAUGAUAUACAGUGAUUAGCAUUUAAACUGAAAAGACAAAUUAGAAACGUGAUUUUAUUCUGAAAAGUAUGAACUAGGAAACAGUACUUGGCUUCGUGUUGUGAAUGAUCGGCAUGAGUUUUUUUUUCACCAUAACAACAACAGUGCGGCAGCGCAGAAGUUUCAUGACGCAUUUGUAGAUGCGAAAUAAACAUCACAAUCAGUCAGCAU